AUGGUGUGCAUUCCCUGCAUCGUCAUUCUAGUUGUGCUCUGGGUCUACAAAAAGUUCCUGGAACCAUAUAUAUACCCUCUGAUUUCCCCCUUUGUUAGUUGUAUGUGGCCUAGGAAAGCUAUACAAGAAUCCAAUGAUAAAAACAAAGGCAAAAUAGACUGUAAGGGUGCAAACACAAAUGGAUUACCAACAAGAGGACCAACAGAAAUCUCUGAUAAAAAGAAAGACUUAAGUGACUGUCACAAAGGAUCUCAUUGUUUUAAAAAUGGAUCGCUCUUCAAAUUUGAGGAGUAUAAUUUUACUGUGAAACAGUGCAGUGAGACUGUGCGGUGA